AGGGCCGCACAGAUGCAGCGGCCCAGAAUGGCUCCGAGUUAGAUUUAUGAACCUCACAGUGAAGGCCCCUAACAAAAAGACGCAGAAGAACAACAGCUCCCAGAACCACAGCUUAACCAGAGCUCCCUCCCAAGGCAGCUUUUGAGAACUCAGAGACAUAUUCCAGCCCUGGUCUUUGUACUCUGGCCAUUCUCACCCGGAAGGGUCAGCUUCUCCCCAGGCCCCCUCUUACUUCCAUCGGAUCUGGCUUAUCUGGACUCUGUAGUUCUCCAAAAAGGAAAUCUUGAAAAGGACUGACCGGUUCUUGCAGUUGGAAACAAUGGCCCAAGGUUCAGUGACAUUCAGAGAUGUGGCCAUAGACUUCUCACAGGAAGAAUGGGAAUUCCUGGACUCAGCUCAGAGGGACUUAUAUAGGGAUGUCAUGUGGGAGAAUUAUAGCAACUUCAUCUCACUAGGACCUUCCAUUUCUAAACCAGAUGUGAUUACCUUAUUGGAUGAAGGGAAGGAGCCCUGGAUGGUUGUAAGGGAAGGGACAAGAAGACAUCACCCUGAUUUGGAGUCCAGAUACAGGACCAAUACUUUAUCUCCAGAAAAGGACAUUUAUGAAAUAUAUUCAUUCCAGUGGGAGAUAAUGGAAAGAAUUAAAACCUAUGGCCUUCAGGACUCCAUUUUUAGAAAUGAUUGGGAAUGCAAAAGCAAGAUGGAGGGGCAAAAGGAACCACAAGAGGAAUAUUUUGGGCAAGUGAAAAUUGCUUCUGAAAAAAUGACCACUUACAAAAGGCAUAAUCUUCUUGCUGAUUAUCAGAGAAUUCAUAAUGGAGAAAAGUUAUAUGAAUGUAAGGAAUGUAGGAAGACCUUUAUUCGUCGCUCAACACUUAGUCAACACCUGAGAAUUCAUACUGGUGAAAAACCUUACAAAUGUAAAGAAUGUGGGCAGGCCUUUAGACAGCGUGCACACCUUAUUAGACAUCACAAACUUCAUACUGGUGAGAAACCCUAUGAAUGUAAGGAAUGUGGGAAGGCCUUUACAGUCCUCCAAGAACUUACUCAACAUCAGAGACUUCAUACUGGUGAAAAGCCCUAUGAAUGUAAGGAAUGUGGAAAGGCCUUUAGAGUACAUCAGCAGCUUGCUCGACAUCAGAGAAUUCACACUGGUGAGAAGCCCUAUGAAUGUAAGGCAUGCGGGAAGACUUUUAGGCAGUGUACACACCUUACUCGACAUCAGAGACUUCAUACUUCUGAGAAGCUCUAUGAAUGUAAGGAAUGUGGGAAGGCCUUCGUAUGUGGUCCAGACCUUAGAAUACAUCAGAAAAUUCAUUUUGGGGAGAAACCCUAUGAAUGUAAGGAAUGUGGAAAGGCUUUUAGGAUAUGCCAACAGCUUACUGUCCAUCAGAGUAUUCAUACUGGUGAGAAACCCUAUGAAUGUAAAGAGUGUGGGAAGACUUUUAGAUUAAGGCAACAACUUGUUCGCCAUCAGAGAAUUCAUACUCGUGAGAAGCCCUAUGAAUGUAUGGAAUGUUGGAAGACCUUUAGUAGUUACUCACAACUUAUUUCCCAUCAGAGCAUUCAUAUUGGUGAGAGACCUUAUGAAUGUGAAGAAUGUGGGAAGGCCUUUAGACUACUCUCACAACUUACUCAACAUCAGAGUAUUCAUACUGGAGAGAAACCUUAUGAAUGUAAGGAAUGUAGAAAGCCUUUUAGAUUGCUCUCACAACUUACUCAACAUCAGAGUAUUCAUACUGGAGAGAAACCUUAUGAAUGUAAGGAAUGUGGUAAAGCUUUUAGACUUUAUUCUUUUCUUACUCAACACCAGAGAAUUCAUACUGGUGAGAAACCCUACAAAUGUAAGGAAUGUAAGAAGGCCUUUAGACAACAUUCACACCUUACUCAGCAUCAGAAAAUUCAUAAUGGAAUUUAAUACAAGAAGGCUUUCAAAUGUACAUUAUGUUACAGAACAUCAGAAAAUUCAUUUUUGAGAAAAUUUGUUUCGUGCUCAUAACUAAGCAUUAAAAAGUAUAUUUCAGAAAAAAAUGUUGCUUUAAAACCUUCCACCACCAUUCAGACAUUGUUUAUCUUCAGCAAAUUUAUAUGAGGAAAUAAUAUAAUGAAUGCAGGAAAAUCUUUAGCCUUAUCUAUCAUUAUCACCAUUUCACCCCUUUAUUACCAGUGUGUUAUUAGAUAAGGUACUUAAAUUUCUGUGCCUCAUUUUGCUCACUUGUAAAUGGUGAUAGUAGUACCUAUGUAUAUUAGUUAUUUAUUGCUGUGUAAUAAAUUACCACAAAUUUAGUAGCUUAAAAUAAUAUACAUUAUCUCAGAUUCUGUGGGUCAGGAGUCUAGGCAUAACUUAGUUGGGUCCUCUGCUUCAGGGCCUCUCACAAGGCUAAAAUCAAGAUUUCAACCAUGGCUGAGUCUCAUCGGAAGGCUCAACUGGGGAAGGGAUGUGCUUCCAACCUCAUGUGGUUGUUGACCAAAUUAAUUCACUGAGGGCUGUUGCGCUGAGGUCCUCAGUUUCUAGCUGGCUAUUGGCUAAAGGCUGACUUCAUUUUCUUGCUACAUGGGCCUCUUCAAGGUGGCUGCUUACUUCAUCAGAGUGUGCAAGCCAAGGAAGCAAGAGGCUGCUAGCAUCAAAGAAGCUAUCAUCUUAUGUAAUCUAAUCAUUGAAAUGACAUUAUUUCAUCACCUUUGCUAUCUUCUUUUGGUUAGAAGAAAGGAACUAGGCCACCCUACACUCAAGGGAACAGGCUUACACAAGAGUAUGAAUACCAGGAGGAAGGGACCACUGGGGCCAAUUCAGAGUCAGCCUGCUACAUCAUGUAAUAGAAUUGUUGUGAGGAGUGAGUAGUUAAUACUUGGAAAAAUAGCAGCCACAUAGCAUGUUUUCUGUAAAUAUUACCUAUAGUUGUUAUUAACAUCAUUAGUACUAGUGAAUUUAUAUGAAAGGAAUAUCCUAUAGAAGUAAUAAAUGUAGAAAUGCCUCCUGUCACUGCUCAGCACUUAAUAAACUUAAGAUAAUUUAUUCUGGAUAAAAUCUAGGAGGUUAUAUUGAAUGUGAGAAGUUCAUCACUUGAGCUGCCUCCAAAAUUUCAUGCUAAAAAGAAACCUGAUGAAUUUCAUGAAUAUGAGGUUGUUAAGAGUACAACUAUUGGAAGAAUCAAAGAGAAAUAUGAAAUUAUUUUCCCAUAAUAAAUUCCAAAGAGUAAAUGUUUUAUAAUCCCUCAUCUCUGACCACCAUUCAGUUAAUUAGAAAUUAUCAAAAAGGUGGCAUAAAGGAACUAACCACUUGGAAAUUUAAUGUGUGUGUGUGUGUGUGUAUGAUACUCUUAUAUAAAAGAAAGAAAACAUUCCAUUACAGUCAGUAUACUUUUUGAUGCUCAAAUUGCCUCAUCUUCAGCCAGUGGGAGUUGGGUCUUUUCACAUGACCCCAAUAGCAGUUUGAUAGUUUACUCAAUUAUGGCUGCUAUGGAAAAUGCUUGGGUAUCAACUCAUCAUUCUGAAAACCAAUAAAUAAAGGGAAAAAUAAGUAUUUUGCUUUUCCCAUGUGAGUCAAGUUUCAGAGUCACCCAAAGCUCAUCAAAUUAAAUUUUUUUUUAAGAAAUCUCACCAGUAAAUACAGAAAAAUUGAUAGGAUUUGAAAAAUUUUCUAGUUCCUAAUGGAAUAAUGGGUCCAGAAAAUGAUCUUCAGUGGAUAUUAAAACUAUUUGGGAAAAAGUUUAUAGUGAGAACGUUAUAUUGGAUUUAUCAAGUUGACCACCUCUGAGCCCUUUAUUCAAUUUUAACCUCUAUAAAGGUGGGACUGUCAGACAAUAGGCACCUCCUGAUACAAUGCAAUUAGGAAGUACAUACCACUACCUAUGAAGUCUUAUUGCCAAAAUAAUGAACUGAAGGAAUCAAACCUUUAAAUCAAAAAAAUUUUUAAAGCCAAGAAUUUGGGGAAUAGAUGAAAAAGUAAAUGGCACCGCAAGGAAGCAGCCAAGCAGAUCCAGAAUGUGAAAAAUUCUACAAAACAAAUGACCUGAUUUCUUCAACUAAUGAGUGGCAUGAAAAAAGGGCACUAUUAACAGAUUUAAAAAGAUGAGACAUAUCAACUAAAUUCAAUAUGUGGGUAUUAUUUGGACCCAGAUUGAACAAAAUGUAACACAACAUUUUGGAGACUGGGGGAAAUGUGGACAUGCACUGAGUAUGAAAUGAUUUUUAGAAAUAUUAGUUUUGUUAGGGAUGAUAAUGUCAAUGUGGUUAUUAAAAGAUAG